AUGGGGCCGCGGGGCAUGGCGGGAGUUCUUCAGCCAAUAGGAGGAGGCGGAGGCGGGAACGGCUCCUUCAACCCCUCCAGUCCCUCCCAGUACAGACCAGUACAACCCCAGUGCCGCUCCAGACCCGGCCAGUACAGCCCAGUAUCACUCCCAGUCCGUCCCAGUAUCCCCCAGUCCAUCCCAGUCCCCUCUACAGCCAUUGACCACGCCCCUCCACUGACCACGCCCCCUCGUCCGUGCCCCGCCCCUUUCCUUGGCCCCGCCCCCUCCCAGUUCCCCCCAUUCCCCCCCCCCCAUUUCCAGUUCCCCGCGGCUGCGCUGGGAAGGGUCAAAGGUCACAGAAUGGAGCGGGAACAGCUGCGGGCACUGGUGAUACUGGGAGUCCUGUCCCUGGCCAGAGGGGACCCCCCUGAUGCCUCCAGUCCCUUCCAGUACGACUGGUGUCACCUGCGCGUCGGUGGCCUCGUGGUGGCGGCGCUGCUGAGCGCGCUGGGGAUCGGCGUGCUGCUCAGUGGGAAGUGCAAGUGCCGGAGCAAGGCCAGCCGCCGCCCCCCCCCCGGAGCUGCCACCCCCGGCGGGGACAGGAGCCUGAGCUGGCCCCGGGUGUCCCCAGAGUGUCCCCAGAGUGUCCCCGACAGGUGACGCCGGAACUGGGGGGGAGGGGAGGGGUUCGUGUCCCCAAAAUGUCCCUAAAAUGUCCUAAUUGUCCCUGCAUGUCCCCAAAUGUCCCCGAAUAUCCCAAAAUGUCCCCAAAUGUCCCCAAAAUGUCCCUAUAAUGUCCCUAAAUGUCCCCAAAUGUCCCCUAAAUGUACCCAAAAUGUCCCUAAAUGUACCCAAAAUGUCCCCAAAUAUCCCCAAAAUGUCCCUAAAUGUCCCAAAUGUCCCAAAUGUCCCUGCAUGUCCCCAAGUGUCCCUAAAUGUCCCAAAAUGUCCCCAGAUGUCCCCAAAUGUACCCAAAAUGUCCCUAAAUACCCCUAAAUGUCCCCAAAAUGUCCCCGAAUGUCCCCAAAAAAGCGAUGAAUAAAAAUUUAUGGAAAAAACAGAU